GGAGGAGCGGCGGCCACGACCACGACGGCGGCGGCAACAACGACGAGGAGGAGAGGCGCGUCUCCGCCGCCCUCACCUGGACAUGGAGGGCGAGGAGGAGACGACGCCGCCGCCAUCAUCUCCUCCUCCUCCAUCGUCGACGACGACUGCUUCUUCCUCCCCCUCGAUCACCUCAGCAUCGUCGUCGUCGUCGCGCCGCCAAUACUCGGUGUACAGCGAGAGGGUGGUGAUCAACGUGUCGGGGCUCAGGUUCGAGACGAGGAGCCAGACGCUGGAGCAUUUCCCCGACACACUGCUGGGCGACCCGGCCCGCAGGAUGCGCCACUUCGACCCGCUGAGGAACGAGUACUUCUUCGACAGGAACCGCCCCAGCUUCGACGCCAUCCUCUACUACUACCAGUCGGGCGGGCGCCUCAAGAGACCCGCCAACGUGCCCUUCGACAUCUUCUGCGAGGAGGUGAAGUUCUACGAGCUGGGGGACGAGGCGGUGCUGAGGUUCCGCGAGGAGGAAGGCUUCAUCAAGGAGCAGGACAAGCCGCUGCCCCGCGACGAGUUCAAGCGCCAGAUCUGGCUGCUCUUCGAGUACCCCGAGAGCUCCAGCCCGGCCAGAGGCAUCGCCAUCGUCUCCGUCCUGGUCAUCCUCAUCUCCAUCGUCAUCUUCUGCCUGGAGACCUUGCCCGAGUUCAGGGACGAGCGCGACUUCAUGCCCGCCUCACGGGCGGGGGCGGAUAACGGGUCCUCCCGUCCCUCUCCUUCUCCUUCUCCUUCUUCUUCUUCUACCACCACGUCUUCCUCCUCCUCCACCAUCACCACCACCACCACCUCCUCCUCCUCCUCCUCUUCUUCAGUGUCCACCUUCAGCGACCCCUUCUUCAUCGUGGAGACGGUCUGCAUCAUCUGGUUCUCCUUCGAGUUGCUGGUGCGCUUCUUCGCAUGCCCUAGCAAGCCGGGCUUCUUCAAGAACAUCAUGAACAUCAUCGACAUCGUCUCCAUCCUGCCUUACUUCAUCACCCUGGGCACCGAGUUGGCCAAUGUGCAAGGGGGCAACGGGCAGCAAGCCACGUCCUUCGCCAUCCUCAGGACCAUCCGCCUGGUGCGGGUCUUCCGCAUCUUCAAGCUGUCUCGCCACUCCAAGGGCUUGCAGAUCCUGGGCCAGACGCUGAGGGCCAGCAUGAGGGAGCUGGGCUUGCUCAUCUUCUUCCUCUUCAUCGGGGUCAUCUUGUUCUCCAGCGCCGUGUACUUCGCCGAGGCCGACGACCCCAAGUCACAUUUCACCAGCAUCCCGGACGCUUUCUGGUGGGCUGUGGUCACCAUGACCACGGUGGGCUAUGGGGACAUGAAGCCCAUCACGGUGGGGGGCAAGAUCGUGGGCUCCCUCUGCGCCAUCGCCGGGGUGCUGACCAUCGCGCUGCCCGUGCCGGUCAUCGUUUCCAACUUCAACUACUUCUACCACCGGGAGACGGAGAACGAUGAGCAGUCUCAAGUGUCUCAGUCCUGUGCCCUCCCUUACCUCACUUCCUCUUUCUUGAAAAAGUUCCGCAGUUCUUCCUCUUUAGGCAACAAGUCCGAAUACUUGGAGAUGGAGGAGGGCUUGAAAGAAUCUCUGUGCACAACGCAGCAAUCUAAAGACAAUGGCACAGAGACAGUCAAACAUAAUUCCGUCAAUCUCAAUGCAGUGGAGACUGAUGUUUGAAGCGACAACUCGUAUUAUGUUUACACCAGUGCCAGUUGACUCGCCGUGUUCGCUCGUUCACUGCUUAACCGGCACGCAGAAAAACACAGUGUUCUAAAGAUAACGGGAGAGGUUCAGCCCUUAUAAACAAAGCAAAACAUCAGAGAAAAUCGCGAUGGCUGGAGUUUGCAAGCAGAAGAAAUUCUAAAACUGUGUCAGCGCUCUUGGAUGGAAAAGCCUUGCACUGCAUACACAUUGGAGACCAGACGAAAAACGUUUGUAGUUUCCGGUGUUCCUUGGACACCUGCGGCAGUCAGAUUCUUGAAUUCAAAUGCAGUACACAAACAAACCUCCAUAUUUUACAUGGGAAUGUUGCUCAUUUUGCACUGCACUUUCCUGGUGAUAUGUUGAACUGAAUAUCAUUAGUCAUGCUCUUUUUAGAUAUCCAAGUGAAAUUAUGCAUCAUUGUAAUAUCAAAAGUGCUGUUUAAUUGUUUGAACCAAUAGUUAAAAUGAGUUUUUAUUUGAAUGAGUUAACCUAUAUUUUACUCCAAUCCUUCUGUUGGUGUUUCCCCUUAAAAUGAUCAGAAUUGAACGUUCUUUUAAAAGGAGCCAAAGCUGAAAUGUACUUAUUAUGGUAGGUUUAUAUCGGAGUUUUUGAAUAACCUGAGCACAGCAUUAACUAUGAACUGCAAACUUUACACAAGUGAGCCAAUGUACAGCCAAUACCUACAUGGAAACAGAAUCACCCUGAAGUUUAUGCUUAUGUGGACAUGAAUGUCAUGGCAUUCUUAUGCUGCAAAUUUCUGUGACUUAAUAACUGAUGACAGGGUCGGAUCAACACACAUACACUCAAGCACCAGAAAAUCAAGUUAAAUGCUUCAACAAAAGUUGUGGACCAGGAAUAUCACACUGCCUUGACGAUUGGAAGACAACACUGAGAAUGAAUGAAGCUCUGCUUCUGGGUAACACAGUUGUCAAGACCAGCUGGAUGUUGGCUCAUGUUAUUUUUGAAAUAAUUCAUGUAGAACGUGCUGAGAAAGAGUUAUACACACAACUCCCAUGUGAAUCCCAAUUUUUCAACAAAUAAAAACAUGUAGGAUUAACAUCCAGCUGUGAUUAGUAAGAAGAUUACUGAUUAAAGAAAGUACCUAAAUAAGUAAGCAGUCUGACAUGUGGUUGUAGCUUAUGGCAGAAUAACCCUGCAUAGAAAUCAGCUUUUUUUCCCCACUCUGCCUGUCGAAAGCUGUGAACCUUUGGAGACGUGCAGUUAGUCCACUUUUUAACUACUGUGAAAUCUUGUCAGUGACACAAAUUGCUUGACAAUCAUUGGAGACGACUUAAUACCACAUUCACCAAUUAAAUCACAAAUGAGUCUGCUGAAGAAUGAAGGUUGUACAACGAGGUUAUAAUUAUAUGAACUGCACUUUCUGAAAUGUUGUUUUACAGCAACAAAUAUAACUUCAAUUCAGCCAGAUGUGCAGAGCUUCACUUCUGCUAAGGAUAAAAUAAUAAGCAGUGAAUCAUUGCUACAUUUUCGAGUUUGUUUGAACUAGACGAUUUCAGUUGCACUUUGAGAACAAAUAAUAAUUGAUGAAACGAACGUUUAUGUUUGCACACAUAUUGAAUGAUGGCUUUGAGGGUUUUCUGCCUGAAAUGCAAGAUAUCUAAUGCAACACGAACGCCUGAAUACGGUCAGUCAUCCCGAAAGACGUUUAUUGUGGGAUAUGUCCUGUGAAUUAAUGAUCCUCCUCUAAACGAGAUCUUCCAAAUGGUGGAGCAACAAACCAGCAAAGGACUUUUAAGGAAUCUAAUGAACUUCACAGCGGUAAUACAAAUCAACUUGAAAUGGGGAAAUGCAAGUCUGCUAUCAACACCUGGAUUGUGAACAAAGAAACAUCAAAUUAAUUAAAAUACACAAAACAUAGGGGGGAUUUGCACAAUAGAGUGAUUAGUGUGGCAUAAGUUGUUUCCAUAAGAAUGUACUUGUUGAAUAGGUAGUGUAACAAGUAAGUUAUUAAAACCAGAGGAUAGGUUUUAACGUUGGACAUCGAUCGUUAUAAAUUGGGUGAUUGCUACCCCAACAGGCUUCUUACCCCAUUCUUUCCAUGGUUUCACCUUCCACCAUCUGCUUGGCAGCUGGUCUGCCCAUUGGCUUCAGGUGGUAGGUCCUUAUAAAUAUGCAAGAUAUGAGUCCACAAAACAAAAAUUCUAGAUGCUAGAAAUCUAAAUUAAAAAGAUAAAAUAACAGAAAUAUUCAGCAUGUAAGGCAGCAUUUGUGGGAAGAGAAACAGAAUAAAUGUUUCAGCUCAGUGAUCUUUCUGAAGAAACAUUUUCUGCUUUUAUUUCAUGAUUCCGUAUUGGAAAGAGAUCAUUAAUUGCUAUUUUGACAGAUAAAUAUGCACCAGCCUGCUUUAUUAGAAAAUACAGCAGAAAAGACACCAAAAAUGUAAGUUAGAGAAUUUUUUUUGUGUAGCCAGGAUGAGCAGUUGUGAUCUAUCACAACUCCGCAAGAAUAAUGCGUGAGCCAUUGCCAGCCUAGGUCGUCCCACACCAUGGUAUCCUGAUCGAGACUCUAGCUGGUUGAAUCUAAUGCCUGCAGCUCACUGGCACCAUUUUAAUUAGGCCCUUACUUCAAAAUGGCGCACACCUCCCAUCAACAGCGUUAGCUGGGAGGCAGACUCCAUGUUAACUAUUAAAUAGAUGAAUUAUACCCCAGAUCUGAUCAAAUCAACCCACUAUGUGUUGCAUUUAUGCAUGCAUUCCAUCACUAAAACAGGUUUAUGUGUAUGUAAUCUAAACAUGUUAAAUUUGUAGAUUGAGUUCAGUAAUGGGUA